UUUAAAAAUGGCGGCCCCCAUGAACAAGUUCUGUUGAUUUUUCUGAUGUUUUCUUGCAAACUCCAUAAUGUCAGUUGACACCAGAGCUUUACUUUGUAAAGUAAAUGUUGAAAAUGGCUGUUUUCGGAGCCCUCGAGACAAAGACAUAGCUAAAGACAUUUGGGAGCGUCAUAGUUUGCAAAACUUACUAGAAGCUUUGAGUCAUGUUUCCAGGGACUCUUCCAUAAAAAGAAUUUUUAAUGAAAAAUACAUCGUGAUUUUAACAGUUUUAAUUGAAAAUGGACCAGAUGGAUGGAUCAAAAUAUUUGUAGAUGGUUUCAAUGACGUAAAUGUACAAACUUUGUGUGUAAAUAGUGUUCGGACAAUUUCAAAAGUCGCUAGUGCUGAAGUAAAAUCAGAAACAGAAUAUGGCCUAUUUGAUGCCGAAGAUUUUCCUCAUGUGGCUAAACGGUCCUGUUUAGUUCUAAAUAUUUUACAGACUCUUCUUAGAAAAGUGACUCUAUGUGGAAGAGUGUAUAAGGAACUUGAUACUUGGACAUGUUUGUUCCAGAUAGGAUAUUUCUUAUUUGGGAUUGCAGCCCAACAGUUAAAAGACAAUCCGUGGACAAACACAAAUUCUGAAACCCUUGCAAAUGACAGCAUCACUCUUCUUUUGGAAACAUUUCAAUGUCCUUCUGUUUGUGAGUUUCUUUUACUUGAUACAAAGCAUGUAUUUCCUGGAGAUCAAGAUCUACAUUACAGCACACAUGUAAAGAAGUCUGUGAUAGGGAAAUUACUGUUGCAAUGGAAACCUCAUCUGCAGCGUAAAACUUGGAGAAAAAACCCAGCUAUAGCUUCAAGCUUCUCAUGGUGCCUUCAGUAUCUGAAAUACCCGUAUCUUAGUGAAUUUUUAGAGUUAGUUCUGCCCCCAUGUUUAUUAUUUGUGGAUGAUCAUAUUGUUCAAAAUAAAGAGAUGGGUACCAGAUGCCUUGUUCAUAUUCUGCAGAAUGCAACUGGUGAAGAAUUAAGGUGGUAUGGCCGUGCUGACGUUAUCUAUGAAGCGUUGAAACUACAAAUGUAUACCACAGAAGAAUCUUUGCUUGGACUGACACACGAUGCUUUACUACUGAUCUUGAAAGUGAUUGUGAAGGAUAGUGAAAAUUUAGGUGCAACAACAAAAUAUGAUGAAAUAUUUUCACUUAUUCUUCAAGCAGCUUUUCAUGAAAAUAAGCUUGUUUUGCGAAGAGUUCACUCUUGUUCACUUCAUACAUUUAUUGAGUGUUUAGGUGUAAAUGUUGUUAAAUACAUGAAAAGACUUUUAGAACUUAUUGAAGAAUAUUUGGAAAUCAGUGAUGCACCCUCUGAAGAAGCUAGACUGAACACUUUGAUUGCAUUGAGAAGUCUUAUCAAAACUGCCUGGACAAGGAUACCUUCACAUUCAGAUGUAAUCAUCAAAGAUCUUGUAAAACUAAUUCACCAGAUCUCUACAAGUGAAUCAGAAGUAGAUGACAAUCAACUACUGACACUUGCAGUUGAAUGUUUAAAACUCCUUAAAACUCUUGAUGAAACAUUUGUUUCUAAAAGCAUCCAACAAUUGCAGGAUUUGCCUUUUCCAAACAAAGUGCAUGCCAUUUUGCAGCAGGUUGUAGUGAAGUAAGAUAUUAUUUUAAAGCUAUACCUUCAAUCAACUGAACAGUAAUGUCAGGAAGCAAAGUUUAAACAAAAAAAAAAUGCACAAAAACUGUGAAACAACCAAAAGUGAAACAAAUUGUACUAUUUCAUUUUUUCAUAAUCAUUUAUUGAUUUAAAUAAUUGCACUUGCGUAACAACAAAACAUAUUCAAUUAAUAAGAGCAACUUUGUUUUAAUAUAUUUUUACAAAUUUAUUGUUUACAGUUGUUAAUUAUUAAAAACCAACAAGAAUUAUAAUAACUAUGUAGUUAGUGGGUUUUAUUGACUAUUUAUAUCCCUAUCAAACUUAGUUUUAUAUAGAAAUCAUCCUGUCCUGUUUGGAUUGUUUCAUUUGCCUGGCUUUUUGCAAUAAAUUUUUUUAGCUAUUGCUACAGUCAUGAUGUCCUUGCUUUUGCUGUCCACAAACUUUCUCAUAUUUUUUUGUUUGUUUUUAAUGCAUUGUCUUGAAAAGUCUUCUUACUUGUAUAAAACAACUCUGACAAAACCUUCAAGCAGCACAUACCUGGUCUUAACUCAUAAAUGACCUUGACAGUUACCUUAAAGGUCAAAUUAUGGAAUUUUGCUAGAAGUGCUAAAAUUGGCUGUAACUGUGAUGUUUAGGAUUAGAUUGUCUUCAUAUUUAAACAAAACUACAUUACAGACAAAAUCUCUAAGAAAACCAAACUAAAUUUGACAUUGAAUCAUAAAUUACUGUGACCUUGAAGGUCAAAUUAUUGUUGUUUAACUGUUUUUUGCUGUAAUUGGCUAUAACAUUGUAUAGUUAUGAAAUGAAUUCAUUGUCUGCAAACUUCGGCACAACAAUCCUUGGGACAAUUCAUUCAGGAAAAUUGAAUUGUACUGGGGUGAGUAACCAGAAGCAUUCGUUAGAGUUACGAUCAUCGUUAAGCCUUGGUUAAGCUCUAUUUAGUGAUUUACCCUCUAACCUAAAACGUUCGUUAUACCAAAACGACUACCUCGGAGUACAUGUUAGACCUUCGUUGAAGAAAAACAACGUGUGAAGCUCUUUCAACAAACUUUCUAAGAGUAUAUAUUAUUUUUAUGCCCCCACAAUGUGGGAGCAUAUUGCGUUGCACUUGUCCGUCCGUCCAUCUGUCCAGAUGGCAGAUUUUGCUUUCACUUACAGGGAUGAACAACCUUAAUGUGUAGAUGGUAGUAAAGGAAGGAAUUUUCGCUGCGACCAAAUUUAACAGAAUUAUGGCCUUUUGUUGAUUUUUUCACUAGAUACUUUGUAGAAAUUUUGUGAACGCAACUCCUCUUAAACCGGAUGGCAGAUUUUGCUUAAACUUACAGGGAUGAACAACCUUAAUGUGUACAUGGCAAUAAAGGAAGGAAUUUUUGCUGCGACCAAAUUUUACAGAAUUAUGGCCCUUUGUUGAUUUUUUCACUAUAUACUAUGUAGAAAUUUUGUGAAUGCAACUCCUCUUAAACCGGAUGGCAGAUUUUGCUUAAACUUACAGGGAUGAACAACCUUAAUGUGUAGAUGGUAGUAAAGGAAGGAAUUUUUGCUGCGACCAAAUUUAACAGAAUUAUGGCCCUUUGUUGAUUUUUUCACUAGAUACUUUGUAGAUAUUUUGUGAACGCAACUCCUCUUAAACCGGAUGGCAGAUUUUGCUUAAACUUACAGGGAUGAACAACCUUAAUAUGUAGAUGGUAGUAAAGGAAGGAAUUUUUGCUGCAACCAAAUCUUACAGAAUUAUGGCCCUUUGUUGUUUUUUUUUCACUAUAUACUAUGUAGAAAUUUUGUGAACGCAACUCCUCUUAAACAGGAUGGCAGAUUUUGCUUAAAUUUACAGGGAUGAACAACCUUAAGGUGUAGAUGGUACUAAAGGAAGGAAUUUUCGCUGCGACCAAAUUUUACAGAAUUAUGGCCCUUUGUUGAUUCUUUCACUAUAUACUAUGUAGAAAAUUUGUGAAUGCGACUCCUCUUAAACCGGAUGGCAGAUUUUGCUUAAACUUACAGGGAUGAACAACCUUAAUGUGUAGAUGGUAGUAAAGGAAGGAAUUUUUGCUGCAACCAAAUUUUACAGAAUUAUGGCCCUUUGUUGAUUUUUUCACUAUAUACUAUGUAGAAAUUUUGUGAACGCAACUCCUCUUAAACCGGAUGGCAGAUUUUGCUUAAACUUCCAGGGAUUAACUACGUUAAUGUGUAGAUGGCAGAAAAGGAAGGAAUUUUUGCUGCGACCAAAUUUAACAGAAUAAUGGCCCUUUGUUGAUUUUUAGUUUUCAACUUGUGGCACAUGUAGUCCAAAAAAUAUUUGACCUAGAGUCAUAAGAUUGACAGAACAGUGGCGUGUAGGGGCAUCCGUGUCCUAUGGACACAUUUCUAGUUAUAACGUAUUUUCUUCCUAUUUUCCUGAUAAUAAGUCCUUGAUAUGGUGUAACAAUCUGUAUAUUUCUUAAUGUGUAAAGUGAUUAGUCCCCUACCGGUUUACCGGAGGGGACUUUAGGUUUACCCUCCGUCUGUCUGUCUGUCUGUCCGUCUGUCAGUCCGUCCGUCCACAAAACUGGAUCCCGCGAUAACUUGAAAAGUACUGAAAAUAUUUUUAUGAAACUUGGUAUAUGGAUAGAUGGCAGUAUGGAGAUUAUGCACGUCUUUUUAUUUUCUUCCUAUGUUGAAAAUUCUGGUUCUAUGUUGAAAAUUCUGGUUGCUAUGGCAACAAAUAGGCUGAAAAUAGGGCAAAUUUUACACAUAAACUGAAUCCAGUGAUAACGCAAAAAGUACUGGAAAUAUUUUUAUGAAACUUGACAUAUGGGUAGAUGGCAGUCUUGAGAUUAUGCACGUCUUUUUCUUUUCUUCCUGUGUUGAAAAUUCUGGUUGCUAUGGCAACAAAUAAGCUGAAAAUAUGGCAAAUUUUACACAUAAACUGGAUCCAGUGAUAACGCAAAAAGUACUGGAAAUAUUUUUAUGAAACUUGACAUAUGGGUAGAUGGCAGUGUUGAGAUUAUGCAUGUCUUUUUCUUUUCUUCCUAUGUUGAAAAUUCUGGUUGCUAUGGCAACAAAUAAGCUGAAAAUAUGGCAAAUUUUACACAUAAACUGAAUCCAGUGAUAACUCAAAAAGUACUUGAAAUAUUUUUAUGAAACUUGACAUAUGGGUAGAUAGCAGUCUUGAGAUUAUGCAUGUCUUAUCUGUUCUUCCUAUUUUGAAAAAAAUAUCUGCUGCCUUGGCAACAAAUAGGCUUAAAACAUGGCAAAUAUAACAAUAUUUGUGAUAAGUCAAAAAGAGCUGAAAUUUUUUUAUGAAAUUGCAUCUUUAAUUCAAGAGUUAUCUCCCCUUUAAAAAUUUUGCUUUUAAAAUGUUAUAUUUUGGUAACAGGGAUGUUUCAAAUAUUAACUUUAGAGUGUACUUCAGUCCGUCUGUCUGUCUGUUCAUAAAAACUGUUUCCUGUGAUCACUUUUAAAGACCUUUCCAACAAAUUUUUAAUGACUUAAAAUAGAGAAAAAUUGAAACAUUAGUGAAUGGCCAAUGGCCCUUCAGAAUGUUGAUGGGGUUCCAACCGGUAGGGGACUUAUGGAUUGCUUGCAAUACUAUGAUAAUUGCUUGUUAUUUUUUUUAUUUUUAGCUCACCUGUCACAAAGUGACAGGGUGAGCUUUUGUGAUCGCUUUUCGUCCGGCGUCCGUAAACUUUUACUUUAAAUGAAAUCUCCUCAUUAACCACUCAGCCAAUUUCAUCCAAACUUCACAGGAAUGUUCCUUUGGUCGUCACCUUUGAAAAUUGUUCAAAGAAUUUAAUUCCAUGCAGAAUUCUGGUUGCCAUGGCAACCAAAAGAAAAAACUUAAAAUAUCUUCUUCUAAAAAAUCCAAAGAGCUAGAGCUUAGAUUUUUGGCAUGAAACAUCUCGGUGAGUGUCUACCAAGUUUGUUCAAAUAAAAGCCCUGGGGUCAAAAUUGGCCCCGCCCCAGGGGGUCAUUGAUUUUCCCUAUAUGCAUAUAGUAAAAACUUAUAAAUCUUCUUUUAAAGAACCAAAAGAGCUUGAGCUAAGAUAUUUAGCAUGAAACAUGUUCUAAUGGGUGUCUACCAAGUUUGUUCAAAUAAAAGCCCUGGGGUCAAAAUUGGCCCCGCCCCAGGGGGUCAUUGAUUUUUCCUAUAUGCAUAUAGUAAAAACUUAUAAAUCUUCUUUUAAAGAACCAAAAGAGCUUGAGCUAAGAUAUUUAGCAUGAAACAUGUUCUAAUGGGUGUCUACCAAGUUUGUUCAAAUAAAAGCCCUGGGGUCAAAAUUGGCCCCGCCCCAGGGGGUCAUUGAUUUUCCCUAUAUGCAUAUAGUAAAAACAUAAAAAUCUUCUUUUAAUGAACCAAAAGAGCUAGAGCUAAGAUAUUUAGCAUGAAACAUGUUCUAAUGGAUGUCUACCAAGUUUGUUCAAAUUAAAGCCCUUGGGUCAAAAUUGGCCACGCCCCAGGGGGUCAUUGAUUUUCCCUAUAUACAUAUAGUAAAAACUUUAAAAAAUCUUCUUUUAAAGAGCCCAAAGAGCUUAAGCUAAGAUAUUUAGCAUGAACAUCUUCUAAUGGGUGUCUUCCAAGUUUGUUCAAAUAAAAGCCCUUGGGUAAAAAUUGGCCCCGCCCCACGGGGUCAUUGAUUUUCCCUAUAUGCAUAUAGUAAAAACUUAAAAAAUCUUCUUUUAAAGAACUAAAAGAGCUAGAGCUAAGAUAUUUAGCAUGAAACAUCUUCUAAUGGGUGUCUACCAAGUUUGUUCAAAUAAAAGCACUGGGGUCAUAAUUGGCCCCGCCCCAGGGGGUCAUUGAUUUUCCCUAUAUACAUAUAGUAAAAACUUUAAAAAAAUCUUCUUUUAAAGAACCCAAAGAGCUAAAGCUAAGAUAUUUAACAUGAAAUAUCUUCUAAUGGGUGUCUUCCAAGUUUGUUAAAAUAAAAGCCCCAGGGUUUAAACUGGCCCCGCUCAGGGGGCCUAUGUACAGGUGAGCGACUUCAGGGCCAUCAUGGCCCUCUUGUUGUGUGUUUUCUUUUGGAAUUAUUAAGUUAUUAUUUCUUUUUAUAAAAGGAGUUCAGUCUUAUUUAAUGCAUAGAAGUGCCCAGGAUUAAUUUGUGUAGUUAAUUUUGCAACAUUUGUUUUUGCUUCAAUAUCACUGUAAAUACUUGUGUUUUCUGUGAAAUGUACUAGUAUAUAAUUAUAAAUUAUGUAAUAAGUUAAAGGCCCAGUAUGCCUCAGAAAUGCUUUCAUUUUUAUUUCCCAAAUUUUUCCAUUUUUUUUGGUAUCUUGUUAAGUUUCCAAAAAAAUUACUCAUUUAUAGUGAAUAAUUAUUUCAUAUGGAAGUCAAAAUACUUUUUUGCUACCUUUAAAACACAUUCCUGUACAUUAUAAAACAUAUGUUUGACAUUUCUUAAGAAUUGUUGUUUUCAAAAAUUGAUUUCUGAUGUAUAAUGUGCCUUUAACAUGUGAAAGUUUGAAAAUAAAGUUGUGUUUUAUGUUAAUAUAAGCUUGAUGUUACAUUUUGCUGAUUGGGUUAAUGUGCAUUGAUCAUUAUAUGAAGUGGGAACCAGUCAAAAUGUACUGUGAACCAGUCAUUUUGAAAAAUCUUCGAACAUUCACUGCAAUCUCUGCAUAACAAGACUCUAUUAAGCAGUAACCUCUUUAUAACAACUAUUAAUUCUUAUCACUAUAAAUUUCAUCUCCCUUUAGCAACACACCUCGGCUACAUCAAAAGUAUUUAUCUCUUAAAGGGAGUGGCUAUGCAGAGGUUGCAUUGUUUUUAAGAGGUGGUCUGAAGUUUGUAAAAUAACUAUGAAUUUUUAGCUUGAAGAGUAAGGUGAGCUAUUGCACACGCCCUGGCGUCUGAGAAGCCUAAAUUUUUUUAUUAAGUCAAAUAUCUCAAUUAUUGCUUGAGAUAUUCAAUGGAAACUUACAAAACUUAUAUAGUAACAAUGUACUUCAGAUUGAAAAGUUGGAGAGCUCUGCCUACAAUAUUUGCAGAAUUAUGCCCCUUUUUAACUUAGAAAUUUGGUUAAAGUUUUUUGUAAAGUCAAAUUCUUCCAUAAUUCAGUGGAAUAUAAAGUAAUAUAAAAAUAGUGCAGUUCUGACACGAGACAUUGUUCUGACUAAAUUCUUCAUCAAGGUUGUAAUUUUUUCGUCAGCAUUAAGCUGGAAUACAUUUAAUUUCUUAUUCUGUUGCAGAAUUUAUUUUGCUAUAUAUAUUAUAACCUUAUUGUUUGUACAUUUUGCCAAUAAACUUUAUUGAAAGCUUU